AUGGCGACGUCUAAUUUGCUAAAGGUAAGAUGCACCUCAAUUCAAUAAUUUUGAUUACAUUUAAUCAGUGUUUGUUGCAUAGUCAAGGCUAUAUUACUGUACAUUGUUAAGCGCACAUACCUGAAGAUGGUCUUGCAAUAUAGGAAGGUGAUAUGACGUCCUGUUGUUUGUCUUGCAAGCAUUGAAAGGACUGUGCUAUUUACUCCUCUCAGUCAAUAGCGUUAGCCUGGUGCUAGCUAGCUGUGUCAGGCAGUAGCUAGUACACACAGACAUAAGUUAGCUAGUUUAGCCAGUUAGCUAACUAACUAACUGGCUAAACUAGUACUGUCAUUUGACUUGGCAUGACUAUCGUUGACUGAGUUGCUAGCUAACCUCAAGCACGAUCGAUUGUCUUUUCCAUUAAAACACACGAACUAGCUUGCUAACAGUAGUUAGGCAGCCGGUAUAACAAUAGCUACAUAACGUUAGAUGGCUGGUUAGAAGAUGCCCCAGUAUCUGUGCUUUAUGCCGCGUUCAGACAACUGGGAACUCGGAAAAAACGAGCUCCGACUGGGAAAAAGUUAUUUGAAAGGUCAUCCAACUCAGAAUUCCAAGUCAGAAACUCUGAAGAUCACUGACGUCUUGAUUUGACCUUGUUUUUUCCCUAGUUCCCAGUCUUCUUGAAAACACCACAAGAGAUGUCCACGAUGAGUACGCCUAUGAUGUGUCUCCUCUCUAAUGCCCAGGAAGCUCAGAUUCAAACUCCCAUUAGGGAAAGGGGGAUACCUAGUCAGUUGCACAACUGAAUGUAUUCAACCGAAAUGUGUCUUCCGCAUUUAACCCAAACGCUUUGAAUCAGAUAGGUGCGAGGGGCUGCCUUAAUCCAGGGCUUCCCAAACUUUUUCACUCAGGCUCCUGUUCCAGCAUUGGGGAACACUCAAAUUUGCAGUUUUAAAGCGGAUUUUCUUGCAAUUGUAUACAUUUAGCCUUGUCUAAUGUUUAUUAAUGUGCUAUUUGAGUGACUCGAACAUUACUACAAAAUCUAUGGGCUAAAAAACAUUAGCUGACAUGGGCUAGUUGACCUGAACAUGUUUUUAAAAAGGUGUCUGUAUGCAAGUACUGGCAUGACAAGAGAAAAACUGAUGAUGCACUGCCCAAUUUCGAAAUUGCACCUUGUGCAUUCUACUAUUACAACUUUCAAGAGUAAGUUGAAAGCCGGACAGAGUUCCCUAGGGGGCGCGCCCCACAGUUUGGGAACCACUGCCUUAAUCGACGUCUACGUCAUAGGCGCCCAGGGAGCAGUUGUUGGUGGAGGUUAACUGCCUUGCUCAAGGGCAGAAAGGCAGAUAUUUCCCCCUUGCCGGCUCAGGGAUUUGAACCAGCGACCUUUUGGUUACUGGUCCAACGCUCUUAACCGCUAUGCUACCUGCCACCCCAGACAGCUCUGCAAGCGUUAUAAUGUCAAAAUAAGUUUGUUACUCACCAAAUAUGGGGUUUCGCUGAGCAACUAUCUUCAUUUACUCCUGUUACGGAUGUUAUGUACUUCCAAAAAAUGGUCUAAAUAAAUUGUUUAAAGCAACCGAAAAAAUGCCUCUUCGGCACCUCCAAUGUAUUGAGCUUUUGUAGACUUCCGACCUGUGCGCAGUAGUUAGGUUAGUGCUAUUCGGACUCCUUGGAACGUCACUGACAUUGGAGGUGCCGAAUAGGCAUUUUUUCAGUUGCUUGUAAAAAAACAUUUAUAUCUUCUUAUUUUUUUGAACAUACCGGCCGUAACGUUAGCUCUACUGUCUGAUAAAACACAAACUGCCUGGACUUUUUUACACUAAAGGUAGGCUAAAGCUAGUAGUUGCCAGCCACAUGCAGAUAGCCAUCUAAGUUAUUUAGUUAGUUAGCUAGCUAGCUAGCUAGCUAAAGUUGACUAUUUAUCACAAUCAGGACACACUGGUUAAAUCUCCUAUUUCAGAUUACAUCCACAUGCUCAACACUUUUUAUUGGGCUGGCCAGCUAUCUAUGAUGUGUGAUACAAUAUGUUUGCAUAUAGGGUUGUUCCAUUUGAUUUACAUAACUUUUUGAUACACCAUCCAAAGUGUAAUUAAUACCUUCACCAUGCUCAAACGGAUAUUCCAUUUUGUUAUUAUUACCCAUCUACAAAUAGGUGCUCUUCUUUGCAAGGCAUUGGAAAAUCUCCCUGGUCUUUGUGGUUGAAUCUGUGUUUGAAAUUCACUGCUCGACUGAGGGACCUUACAGAUAAUUAAUUGUAUGUGUGGGGUACAGCGAUGAGGUAGUCAUUCAAAAAUCAUGAGUCCAUGCAACUUAUUAUGUGACUUGUAAAGCACAUUUUUACUCCUGAAUUUAUUUAGGCUUGCCAUAACAAAGGGGUUGAAUACUUAUUGACUCAAGACAUUUCAGCUUUUCAUUUAAAAUUAAUUUGUACAAAUUUCAAAAACAUAAAUACACUUUGACAUUAUGGGGUAUUGUGUGUAGGUGACACAAUCUCAAUUUAAUCAAUUUUAAACUAAGGCUGUAACAUAACAACAUUUGAAAGUCAAGGGGUGUGAAUACUUUCUGAAGGCACUGUAUGUGAAAAUAAGAGUUUACGCAUUUUAAGAUAAAAAACAAAAAAAAACAUUGUAAAGUGGUGAUCCCACUGGCUAUAAGGUGAAUGCACCUAUUUGUAAGUCGCUCUGGAUAAGAGCGUCUGCUAAAUGACGUAAAUGUAAAUUUAUAAUUUACAUUAAAGGUUUAAAAAAAAAUUAAACAUUAUUUUAAUUUAAGAAAUCAUAAAAUAGUUUGACAACCCUGACUGUAAGCUUUUAAAGGAUUUCAAACUAAACCAUUAUUAUUUUCCAGUGAUAAAGAUGUGGAUGUCUCAUGGUAUGGUGGAGUAUGCAAAAUGGGUCAACUUUGAGCACCUCUAUCUCCUGAAUGUUUUGGCAUUCAGGUCCAUGGGCAAAUAUGUAUGGAAAGUUUUGUUCAAAUCAAAAGGGGUGUGACCAGAAAGUGAUUGAAAUCAAUUGGAAAGACCCUAUAGCUAGUCAUGUCUGUAUACUCACUGCAUUGUUAUUGUAUCACUACACAUUACACUCCCUCACAGGUAAGCUAGCUGGCUAUAGUUAUGGGUCUAAAAACAGAUGCUACAGAAUGGAAGCACCUGGGUUGUUGUCAUGGUCAGAAACUCUCCAGCAUAAGCAAGUCUGUUAGCCACUAAUGGGCCUCAAAUUAACCACCACCAGGCUUGUUUACUGCUCUUGUGUUCCUGCUAAUGUUCAAAUAGGCCUACUGCCUAGUUCCUAAACAUUCAGCAAUCACUGGGAUGAAUCUCAAUUGUAUAUCCUUGAUUUCUCAUGUCCUCCCUUCUCGUCUCCUUCUCAAAGCACAUUGGAGCAGAAGAUCUGAGGUUCCUCCCCUCUCCUAAAAUGUGUUUUGAGAAGGCAGCAAAGGAGAGGAUGCGAGGAAUCAAGUGAAUACAAUUGAGGUUCACCCCUGGUGUUGUCAUAACUGCUAUAGCCAGAGGUGACACUUCUACCCUUCCCAUUCUCACCCAGAACAAAGGCUCCCUCCAGUUCGAGGACAAGUGGGACUUGAUGCGUCCCAUCGUCCUGAAGCUGCUCCGCCAAGAGUCAGUCACCAAACAGCAGUGGUUCGACCUCUUCUCGUGAGUAUGGCCACUCGUCCAUGUGCUCUCAGUCAUACCAAGGUUUUAUUCAUUAGUGCACACAAAUUGAAAACAAGUGUUUCUUAUUAGACAAGUCAAGGCAGUCCCUCCCUGUUUCGGCCUGUUCCGUUUGGUUCUUAGUGAAUACGAUCUAAGAGCCUGUUGCAGAACGUUCAGAUAUAAAUGUAUGGUGUAGAACAGAUUUCCUGACUGUCAUAUAGAUUAGGGAAUCAUGGUGUCUGCAACAUUCAGAACAUUUUGCAUGACUUGAAAAGGCUGUCAUUCUGUUUCACAGACAUUUCACAUUAACUCCUGUCUGAGCUGUUAAAGACCAACAAAUGGAUUAAUUGAUUGAUCUCCUCCAAUCCCCUCAUCUGAUGUCUUGGUUUCCAUAGAGACGUCCAUGCAGUAUGCCUAUGGGAUGACAAGGGGCCGGCCAAGAUCCACCAGGCCCUGAAAGAGGACAUCCUAGACUUCAUCAAGCAAGCACAAGCGGUAUGUAGGCCUGCUAAGUCUCGCUAGCAUUGAAAUGACUGUGCCAUUUAUUCCCUCACUGAGUACCACUAAAGGCAUCCGCACUCUUCCCAGCCGAAACAGUUCGGUAGAGUUCGUACAUAUAUCAUGACAACAUUUUGUGACGUUUUGGACUUCGGUGAGGGUUUUUUCGGCUGUUCAGGCACGCAACAUUUUUCCUGGAGGCAAGCCGAAGUUCGGAGCCGAAGGCUACGCCCCUUCGUCGGUGAUUGGUCAACAGUAGGGAUUCUUCAAUAAAGUCUUUGUCAUCGAACAAGAGACGACUCGUUUUCAGGCACAUUUUUUCAUUGAAAAAUACUGCACCAAACAUCUUAGUUAGAUGUAAAAUUGCGUGACUAAGAUCUCCUUGGCAAAAACAUCAAAAUUAAUGACAGAUUUAUUGAGUUAUCUUAGAUUCAUUCUAUUUUGAGGAAGCAUAUACUGGCAACGUCGUCUCAAAAUGGACAAACGGUACUAUUGCGCUUUUUUCUCAUUUUUCAAGGGAAGGUCUUUUUAAGGGAGUAUGCGAGGACACUUUUUUGGGUUGCCUAGCCAACUUCGGCUAGCCGCCAGCCGAACUGAAGCAUGCUGACACCUUAACGCUAGCUUGGAAGCAAGCUAGCUGUGCCAGUAGGCAACUGAGGAACCAAGCACUCUACUAGCCUAUCCCUGACAACCAAUAUUUUCAACACCAUAAUGUCCAUAACACCGCACUCAGCUGUUCUCUCCCCCUGCAACAUGUUGAGUAACCAAGCAGACUGUCUAUUACCCUCAACGCCAUAAAGUCCAUGACAGUGCCUUGCUCUCUCCCCCACAGCGGGUGUUGAGCCACCAGGACGACACGGCGCUGCUGAAGGCCUACAUCGUGGAGUGGAGGAAGUUCUUCACGCAGUGCGACAUCCUGCCCAAACCCUUCUGCCAGCUGGAGAUCACACUCAUGGGCAAACAGGGCAGCAACAAGAAGUCUAACGUAGAGGACAGCAUCGUACGGAAGGUGAGGAGAGAAGAAAGGAGGAGGGGGGGUGUUGAGAGGUGCAGCAGCAGUAUUUGUUUGUAUUUGCAUUGAUAUAAGAGAAUUUCCGGUUGACAUGAGGAAAUUAUGCCACCUGUAAAUUCAGUCUGUCCCUGCUCAUGUAUCCAUGUAUCUACUUUCAUUGUCCCUUCUGCUACCUUGUGGCUGUGGGCUGGCAAGGGGCAUAGAAGGUAGCAUCCGGAGGGUUGUCAGUUAAAAUCCCGAGAUUGAGAGGGACAAUAUGUCGGGGUGUCAGCUGGCAACCGGAGGGUUGCUGUUGUGAAAUCCAUGCCAUCUCCUGUCGUUGUGCCCUUGUGCAAGGCACUAGAUAUAGCAAAAAUACAAAUGGAAACGCAACAUGUAAAGUGUUGAUCCAAUGUUUCAUGAGCUGAAAUAAAAUAUCCCAAUGUAGAAAAUAGUAAAAAUAAAGAAAAACCCUUGAAUGAGUAGGUGUGUCCAAAAGUUUUUGGUACUGUGUGUACAUACAGUUGAAGUCGGAACUUUACAUACACUUAGGUUGGAGUCAUUAAAACUCGUUUUUCUACCACUCCACAAAUGUCUUGUUAACAAACUAUAGUUUUGGCAAGUCGGUUAGGACAUCUACUUUGUGCAUGACACAAUUAAUUUUUACAACAAUUGUUUACAGACAGAUUAUUUCACUUAUAAUUCACUGUAUCACAAUUCCAGUGGGUCAGAAGUUUACAUACACUAAGUUGACUGUGCCUUUAAAUAGCUUGGAAAAUUCCAGAAAAUGUCAUGGCUUUAGAAGCUUCUGAUAGGCUAAUUGACAUCAUUUGAGUCAAUUGGAGGUGUACCUGUGGAUGUAUUUCAAGGCCUACUUUCAAACUCAGUGCCUCUUUGCUUGACAUCAUGGGAAAAUCAAAAUAAAUCAGCCAAGACCUCAGAAGAAAAAUUGUAGACCUCCACAAGUCUGGUUCAUCCUUGGGAGCAAUUUCCAAACGCCUGAAGGUACCACGUUCAUCUGUACAAACAAUAGUACGCAAGUAUAAACACCAUGGGACCACGCAGCCGUCAUACCGCUCAGGAAGGAGACGCAUUCUUUCUCCUAGAGAUGAACGUACUUUGGUGCGAAAAGUGCAAAUCAAUCCCAGAACAACAGCAAAGGACCUUGUGAAGAUGCUGGAGGAAACAGGUACAAAAGUAUCUAUAUCCACAGUAAAAUUAGUCCUAUAUCGACAUAACCUGAAAGGCCGCUCAGCAAGGAAGAAGCCACUGCUCCAAAACAGCCAUAAAAAAGCCAGACUACAGUUUGCAACUGCACAUGGGGACAAAGAUCGUACUUUUUGGAGAAAUGUCCUCUGGUCUGAUGAAACAAAAAUAGAACUGUUUGGCCAUAAUGACCGUUGUUAUGUUUGGAGGAAAAAGGGGGUUGCUUGCAAGCCGAAGAACACCAUCCCAACCGUGAAGCACGGGGGUGGCAGCAUCAUGCUGUGGGGGUGCUUUGCUGCAGGAGGGACUGGUGCACUUCACAAAAUAGAUUGCAUCAUGAGGAAGGAAAAUUAUGUGGAUAUAUAUAUAUAUAUAUCUCAAGACAUCAGUCAGGAAGUUAAAGCUUGGUCACAAAUGGGUCUUCCAAAUGGACAAUGACCCCAAGCAUACUUCCAAAGUUGUGGCAAAAUGGCUUAAGGACAACAAAGUCAAGGUAUUGGAGUGGCCAUCACAAAGCCCUGAACUCAAUCCUAUAGAAAAUUUGUGGACAGAACUGAAAAAGCGUGUGCGAGCAAGGAGGCCUACAAACCUGACUCAGUUACACCAGCUCUGUCAGGAGGAAUGGGCCAAAAUUCACCCAACUUAUUGUGGGAAGCUUGUGGAAGGCUACCCGAAACGUUUGACCCAAGUUAAACAAUUUAAAGGCAAUGCUACCAAAUACUAAUUGGGUGUAUGUAAACUUCUGACCCACUGGGAAUGUGAUGAAAGAAAUAAAAGCUGAAAUAAAUAGUUCUCUCUACAAUUAUUCUGACAUUUCACAUUCUUAAAAUAAAGUGGUGAUCCUAACUGACCUAAGACAGGGAAUAUUUACUUAAAUGUCAGGAAUUGUGAAAAAACUGAGUUAAAAUGUAUUUGGCUAAGGUGUAUGUAAACUUCCGACUUCAACUGUACAUAAAUUCAGCAAAAAAAGAAACGUCCUCUCACUGUCAACUGCGUUUAUUUUCAGCAAACUUAACAUGUGUAAAUAUUUGUAUGAACAUAGCAAGAUUCAACAACUGAGGCAUAAACAGAACAAGUUCCACAGACAUGUGACUAACAGAAAUUGAAUAAUGUGUCCCUGAACAAAGAGGGGGGGGUCAAAAUCAAAAGUAACAGCCAAUAUCUGGUGUGGCCACCAGCUGCAUUAAGUACUGCAGUGCGUCUCCUCCUCAUGGACUGCACCAGAUUUGCCUGUUCUUGCUGUGAGAUGUUAGCCACUUUUCCACCAAGGCACCUGCAAGUUCCCGGACAUUUCUAGGGGGAAUGGCCCUAGCCCUCACCCUCCGAUCCAACAGGUCCCAGACGUGCUCAAUGGGAUUGAGAUCCAGGCUCUUCGCUGGCCAUGGCAGAACACUGACAUUCCUGUCUUGCAGGAAAUCACGCACAGAACGAGCAAUAUGGCUGGUGGCAUUGUCAUGCUGGAGGGUCAUGUCAGGAUGAGCCUGCAGGAAGGGUACCACAUGAGGGAGGAGGAUGUCUUCCCUGUAACGCACAGCGUUGAGAUUGCCUGCGAUGACAACAAGCUCAGUCCGAUGAUGCUGUGACACACCGCACCAGACCAUGACAGACCCUCCACCUCCAAAUCGAUCCCACUCCAGAGUACAGGCUCGGUGUAACGCUCAUUCCUUCGACGAUAAACGCAAAUCCGACCUUCAUCCCAUGUGAGACAAAACCGUGACUCGUCAGUGAAUAGCACUUUUUGCCAGUCCUGUCUGGUCCAGCGACAGUGGGUUUGUGCCCAUAGGCGAAGUUGUUGUCGGUGAUGUCUGGUGAGAACCUGCCUUACAACAGGCCUACAAGCCCUUAGUCCAGCCUCUCUCAGCCUAUUGCAGACAGUCUGAGCACUGGUGGAGGGAUUGUGCGUUCCUGGUGUAACUCGGGCAGUUGUUGUAGCCAUCCUGUACCUGUCCCGCAGGUGUGAUGUUCGGAUGUACCAAUCCUGUGCAGGUGUUGUUACACGUGGUCUGCCACUGCGAGGACAAUCAGCUGUCCAUCCUGUCUCUCUGUAGCGCUGUCUUAGGUGUCUCACGGUACGGACAUUGCAAUUUAUUGCCCUGGCCACAUCCUUGCAGCAUGCCUAAGGCACGUUCACGCAGAUGAGCAGGGACCCUGGGCAUCUUUCUUUUGGAGUCAGUAGAAAGGCCUCUUUAGUGUCCUAAGUUUUCAUAACUGUGACCUUAAUUGCCUACCGUCUGUAAGCUGUUAGUGUCUUAACGAUCGUUCCACAGGUGCAUGUUCAUUAAUUGUUUAUGGUUCAUUGAACAAGCAUGGGAAACAGUGUUUAAAGCCUUUACAAUGAAAAUCUGUAAAGUUAUUUGGAUUUUUACGAAAUGUUCUUUUUUUGCUGAGUUUAUACAUACAUACAUACAUACAUACAUACAUACAGUGCAUUCGGAAAGUAUUCAGACCCAUUCACUUUUUCAAAAAAAAAUUACGUUACAGCCUUAUUCUAAAAUCGAUUAAAAUGUUUUUUUCCCUCAUCAAUCUACACACAAUACCCCAUAAUGACAAAGCAAAAACAGGUUUUUAGACAUUAAAAACCCCCUGAAAUAACAUUUACAUAAGUAUUCAGACCCUUUACUCAGUACUUUGUUGAAGCACUUUGGCAGUGAUUACAGCCUUGAGUAUUCUUGGGUAUGACUCUACAAGCUUGGCAAACCUGUAUUUGGAGUUUCUCCCAUUCUUCUCUGCAGACCCUCUUAAGCUCUGUCAGGUUGGAUGGGGAGCGUCACUGCACAGCUAUUUUCAGAUCUCUCCAGAGAUGUUCGAUCGGGUUCAAGUCCGGGCUCUGGCUGGGCCACUUAAGGACAAUUAGAGACUUGUCCCUAAGCCACUCCUGCGUUGUCUUGGCUGUGUGCUUAUGGUCGUUGUCCUGUAGGAAGAUGAAUCUUCACCCCAGUCUUAGGUACUGAGCACUCUGGAGCAGGUUUUCAUCAAGGAUGUCUCUGUAGUUUGCUCCGUUCAUCUUUCCCUCGAUCCUGAGUAGUCUCCCAGUCCCUUCCGCUGAAAACAUCCCCACAGCAUGCUGCCACCACCGUGCUUCACCGUAGGGAUGGUGCCAGGUUUCCUCCAGACGUGACGCUUGGCAUUCAGGCCAAAGAGUUCAAUCUUGGUUUUAUCAGACCAGAGAAUCUUGUUUCUCAUGGUCUGAGAGUCCUUUAGGUGCCUUUUGGCAAACUCCAAGCAGGCUGUCAUGUGCCUUCUACUGAGGAGUGACUUCCGUCUGGCCACUCUACCAUAGAGGCCUGUUUGGUGGAGUGCUUCAGAGAUGGUUGUCCUUCUGGAAGGUUCUCCCAUCUCCACAGAGGAGCUCUCUGAGUGACCACCAGGUUCUUGGUCACCUCCCUGACCAAGGCCCUUCUCCCCGAUUGCUCAGUUUGGCCGGGCGGCUAGCUCUAGGAAGAGUCUUGGUGGUUCCUAACUUCUUCCAUUUAGGAAUGAUGGAGGCCACUGUGUUCUUGUGAACCUUCAAUGCUGCAGAUAUUUUUUGGUACCCUCCCCCAGAUCUGUGCCUCGACAUAAUCCUGUCUCGGAGCUCUACGGACAAUUCCUUCGACCUCAUGGCCUGGUUUUUGCUUUGACAUGCACUGUCAACUGUGGGACCUUAUAUAGACAGGUGUGUGCCUUUCCAAAUCUUGUCCAAUCGAUUGAAUUUACCACAGGUGAACCCCAAUCAAGUUGUAGAAACAUCUCAAGGAUGAUCAAUGGAAACAGGAUGCACCAGAGCUCAAUUUAGAGUCUCAUAAAUAUCUAAACCUGUUUUCACUGUGUCAUUAUGGGGUAUUUUGUGUAGAUUGAUGAGGAAAUAUUUUAUUUAAUCCAUUUUAGAAUAAGGCUGUAACAACAACAACAUUUGGAAAAAGUCAAGGGGUCUGAAUACUUUCGAAUGCACUGUACAUGCACACAUCUACGCUGAACAAAAAUAUAAACGCAACAUACAACUAUUUCUACGAUUUUUAUCAGGCAAUUGAAAUAAUAAAGCCAUGGUCUAAUCGUCAUCUUCUGUGUCUUCAGCUCAUGCUGGACACGUGGAACGAGUCCAUCUUCUCCAACAUCAAGAACAGGCUGCAGGACAGCGCCAUGAAGCUGGUGCACGCCGAGCGCCUGGGGGAGGCCUUCGACUCUCAGCUGGUCAUUGGCGUCAGGGAGUCCUACGGUGAGCAAAACAAUACUGUCUCCUUAAGCUGGGAGAGAAUGGUGCCUAAUGAACACGACUGUGGUGUAUGCAGACAAUACCAUUGGAUGAUUCACCGAAUCUCUGUGCCAAAUUGGGAAGAUACUUAAUGUAGAUUUUGGUGUGAAGCCCGCAAUGACAUUGAUGCAGGAUGUACGUGAAAAUGUUAGCUACUACGAGUUAGGAUUUAGCUAUGUAGUGUGAACGAGAGAAAUUAACUCUUAACCCCACACCACAAAGAUGCCUAUAAUCCUCCUGGGUAGUGUUCAUAACACACCAAAUGGAAGAAAACGUACUGAAACCGGAAAGGACUAAUUGGACUCAUCCAAUAAGAAAUGCACAUUUCCGUUUCCUGUUGCAAAACGUUAUAAAACGUUGCGUGCUAAUAUACUUGGCCCCUGGGGACCUCCUUCCCUGUCUUCCCUCUGCAGUGAACCUGUGCUCAAACCCGGACGACAAGUUGCAGAUUUACAGAGAUAACUUUGAGAAGGCCUACAUGGACUCCACCGAGAGGUUCUACAGAACACAGGCCCCCUCCUACCUGCAGCAGAAUGGAGUCCAGAACUACAUGAAAUACGUGAGUAGUACCAGGAUUAGGGUUGUACAACUCCUGUAACUUUUCCAACCUUCUCAGAUGUUUUUCCAGAAAUUCUGGUCCCUAAAAAAGGACCCUCUGUCUCCAUGACAGCCACUCUCCUCUGUUAUCAUACAUCACAUGACGAGUUAUAAGUUGAAUUCCAAAUGGACGAACCUAGUCCAUACCCCUCAGGUGCUCAUGCAGAUUUGAAAUGAUUGCAUAGGUGUAAGCCAUAUGGCGCAAAUCCCGAACAGCCAAUUGGAAGGCAAUUUGAAGCAAUGACUACACUGCUUAAACCUAUCCACUCCUUUCAGAUCUACAGGAGUGCCUCAGGUUUGUUUUGGAAUUCAGUGAUGACAGCGGUCAAAACAAAUAAAAAAUGAUCUGAAUGAGACAUACUGUUUCUUUGUGAUUUCUCAGUAGGCUGUAAAAUUCUGGUAACAUUCCCUAAAUCCCAGGUUUUCCAGAAAUCCCGGAUGGAAAAAAUAAGCAGGGAAUCCUCCUCCUGGGAUUUCUGGAAAACCUGAGAAUUUGGGGAAAGUUACCAGAAUUUUGCAAACCUAUUUCUCAGAAACUUGCUCCAGGGCCUAGACUGUGUCUGUCUGUAAGCUAGGCUAUCCAUCUGAGGUGAAACCAACUUGUGUGUGUGUGUUCUAACAGGCAGACGCCAAGUUGAGAGAGGAGGAGAAACGGGCGCUGCGCUACUUGGAGACGAGACGGGAAUGUAACUCUGUACAAGCAGUGAGUAUAUUAUAUCCCCACCACUUCUGUGUGACUACUAUGGGCUGUAGUAUUGUCUGUAUAUAAAGUGGGGGAGCCCUCGCAUUCAGAGCAGGGCCAUGUUCAUUAGAACACAACACUUUUGAAACGAAGGAGGUGCUACUGUAACAAUUUCACUGUUUCCGUUUCAAACGUUUUUACUGAUUUUUAUAACAAAACAAAAAUACCUCAACCACCAAGGCGCACGGUCAGCAAGACACGCUGUCAAAUGAAAACGUCAGUAGUCUAAACAUUACUAUAAGCGCCAAGUGUGCUUCAUAAAUUGUGAAAAUUAGCACAAAAGCAAUAAUGGCAUUAAAAUGAAUGUGUCGAUAUGACAGCAGUCCAAAAUAGUAAAUUAGUGUCAGCUCGUGCUUACAUGGUGUGUGUCUUCACACAAUGGCAUCAGUUGGAGCAUGUCCAUGUCACAUAAACAACGAAAGCUGGUAAGUGUGUUGCUGCUGAUGUUUUUUGCUUGAGAUGUAGGGUCUGCUUUCUGUGAUGACAUUUUGUGCUGAUAAUCGGCCUGUAGCAUUGUCACCGGCUUGUUCUAUCCAACGGUGCCUCCUUUCCUGUCUCACCAUUUUCAUUUGGUGGUGGCGCAGGCACCUGCUCAGGGCGCACAUUUCUGUGGGGUUUUGCGCUUAGGCCUCAGAGGUGUAGGUUCAAUAAUCUACACACAAUACCCCAUAAUGACAAAGUGAAAACAGGUUUUUAGAAAUUGUUGCAAAUUUAUACAAAUAAACCCUGAAAUAUCACAUUUAUAUAAGUAUUCAGACCCUUUGCUAUGAGACUCGAAAUUGAGCUCAGGUGCAUUCUGUUUCCAUUGAUCAUCCUUGAGAUGUUUCUACAACUUGAUUGGAGUCCACCUGUGGUAAAUUCAAUUGAUUGGACAUGAUUUGGAAAGGCACACACCUGCCUAUAUAAGGUCCCACAGUUGACAGUGCAUGUCAGAACAAAAACCAAGCCAUGAGGUCGAAGGAAUUGUCCGUAGAGCUCUGAGACAGGAUUGUGUCGAGGCACAGAUCUGGGGAAGGGUACCAAAACAUAUCUGCAGCAUUGAAGGUCCCCAAGAACACAGUGGCCUUCAUCAUUCUUAAAUGGAAAAUGUUUGGAACCACCAAGACUCUUCCUAGAGCUGGCCGUCCGGCCAAACUGAUCAAUCGGGGGAGAAGGGCCUUGGUCACUCUGACAGAGCUCCAGAGUUCCUCUGUGGAGAUGGGUAAAUCUUCCAGAAGGACAACCAUCUCUGCAGCACUCCACCAAUCAGGUCUUUAUGGUAGAGGUGCCAGAUGGAAGCCACUCCUCAGUAAAAGGCACAUGACAGCCCACUUGGAGUUUGCUAAAAGGCACCUAAAGGACUCAGACCAUGAGAAACAAGAUUCUCUGGUCUGAAGAAACCAAUAUUGAACACUUUGGCCUGAAUGGCAAGCAUCACGUCUGGAGGAAACCUGGCACCAUCAAUUUUUCAGCGGCAGGGACUGGGAGACUAGUCAGGAUCGAGGGAAAGAUGAACGGAGCAAACUACAGCGAUAUCCUUGAUGGAAACCUGCUCCAGAGCGCUCACCUUCCACACAGACAAGACAACGCAAGUGUGGCUUCAAGGCAAGUCUCUGAAUGUCCUUGAAUGGCCCAGCCAGAGCCCGGACUUGUACCCGAUCGAACAUCUCUGGAGAGACCUGAAAAUAGCUGUUUAGCGAUGCUCCCCAUCCAACCUGACAGAGCUUGAGAGGAUCUGCAGAGAAGAAUGGGAGGACCUCCCCAAAUACAGGUGUGCCAAGCUUGUAGCGUCAUACCCAAGAAGAAUCGAGGCUGUAAUUGCUUUCGAAGGUUCUUCAACAAAGUACUGUAAAGGGUCUGAAUACUUAUGUAAAUGUAUUAUUAUUAUUUUUAAUAAAUGUGCAAAAAUGUCUAAACCUGUUUUUUCUUUUGUCAUCAUUGGGUAUUGUGUGUAGAUUGAGAUUGUAAAAUGUUUUUCAUUUUAGAAUAAGGCAACAAAAUGUUGAAAAAGUCAAGGCGUCUGAAUACUUUCCGAAUGCACUGUAUAUCUUCCCCACCACGAGUCGUUUUCAUUCAGAUUUUGUAGCAACGCUAACGCAGCAUGUGCAUCCAUUCGUCUUGGUCUUCUUGUCAUUGUAAAUUACGCACUCUCACUAUGUACUCUAAGUAGGCUAGAGUAGACUGAUAAGACUGCUUGGAUUCAGUGGACUGAUAUAGGGUAUAGACCAUUUUGGGAUUAUAAUUAGAAUAUACCAAUACAAUAGAAUGGCCCGCCCUGUUCUUCAUUCGAAAUUGGCAAUUUAUAUAUUCAUGCAUCGUUCGCUUCCCCUCUCUCAUCAACUCACCAUUACAAAAAUUGACAUUCCUUCCUAAAACUUGUUAUAAUUCCAGUUCUGUUUGUAAUAUUAAGAUUCUAACAACGACAGUGUUAUUUAGGAAAAGUCAAGAAGGGAGGAGGGCAUGGCUUUAAAAAUGGCGGAGUAAUUUUUUAUUCCUUGUGUUAACCCACUUUGUGGCAAAUGCUGAUAUAAAAAGUUAGUUAUAAUAAAUUAGAUUUGUUUAUUUAUUAUUUGUGAUAUGAGCGACCCACGGUUUUCUGUUCCCCCCCUCAGCUGAUGGAGUGUUGCGUGAACGCCCUGGUGACGUCCUUCAAGGAGACCAUCUUGGCCGAGUGUCCAGGCAUGAUCAAGCGAAAUGAGACAGAGAGUGAGUACGGACGGAGCGCUCCUGGCACCAAAGGCUCGGCCAGCUCAGGUUUGCAAACCAGGAAAUGACCUUGCCGUCCUCCACUCCACUUCCUGUUUCAAUUUGUCCACGUCCACCAACCAACCGCUGUCUUUGCCCAUUCCGUGUGUGUCAGUCAACAUGUUGUCAACAACAUUACCCCCCCAAACAUCAGUGUCUGACCACAAACCCACCUUGUAUUGUGUGUGUCCUUAUAGUUGUAACCGGUAGUCUACCUGCGUGUGUGUCAGUAUUAACCAAUGUGUCUUUGUAGAACGUCUCAGUUUAUGGUGUGUAGCAGUAAGAUCUAAAAAUUGCUUCCUAACCCUGGCAGUAUACCACCACUGUGAUGUUUAGAACUUCUAGGGCUGAUUUCCAGGACACUGAUUUAAGCCUAGUCCUAGACUAAAAAGCAUUUUCAAUGGAGAAUCAAUCAAUGGAAACCAACCCCUAAAGAUGGGGUAUUUAAAUCCGGGCCCCAAACACUGCUGCAUACCCCUUGUUCUAUCUAUACUAUAAUCUACAAGUAGAAAAUGACACUGAACAAAAAUAUAAAUGCAACAUCAACAAUUUCAAAGAUUGUACUGAGUUACAGUUCAUACAAGGAAUUCAGUCAAUUGACAUGAAUCCAUUAGGCCCUAAUGACUGGGAAUACAGAUAUGCAGGGGUGUGGAUUAGAAAACCAGUCAGUAUCUGGUGUGACCACCAUUUGCCUCAUGCAGCGCGACACAUCUCCUUCGCAUAGAAUUGAUCUGGCUGUUGAUUGUGGCCUGUGGAAUGUUGUCUCCUCUUCAAUGGCUGUGCGAAGUUGCUGGAUAUUGGCGGGAACUGGAACACGCUGUCAUUCACGUCGAUCCAGAGGAUCACAAACAUGCUCAAUGGGUGACAUGUCUGGUGAGUUUGCAGGCUGUGGAAGAACUGGGCCAUUUUCAGCUUCCAGGAAUUGUGUACAGAUCCUUGCGACAUGGGGCCGUACAUUAUCAUGCUGAAACGAGGUGAUGGCAGCGGAUAAAUGGUACGACAAUGGGCCUCAGGAUCUCGUCACCAUAUCUCUGUGCAUUCAAAUUGCCAUCGGUAAAGUGCAAUUGUGUUAAUUGUCCGUAGCUUAUGCCUGUCCAUACCAUAACUCCACAGCCACCGUGGGGCACUCUGUUCACAACGUUGACAUCAGCAAACCGAUCGCCCACACGACGCCAUCUGCCCGGUACAGUUGAAACUGGGAUUCAUCCGUGAAGAGCACACUGCUCUAGCGUGCCAGUGGCCAUCGAAGGUGAGCAUUUGCCCACUGAAGUCGGUUACAACGCCGAACUGCAGUCCGGUCAAGACCCUAGUGAGGACGACGAGCACGCAGAUGAGCUUACCUGAGACGUUUGCUGACAGUUUGUGCAGAAAUUCUUCGAUUGUGCAAAUGCACAGUUUCAUCAGCUGUCCGGGUGGCUGGUCCUUUUAUUGUCCCCAGCACAAGGUGCACCUGUGUAAUGAUCAUGCUGUUUAAUCAGAUUCUUUAUAUGCCACACCUCUCAGGUGGAUAGAUUAUCUUGGCAAAGGAGCAAUGUUCAGUAACAGGGAUGUAAACAAAUGUGUGCACAAAAUUUGAGAGAAAUAUGCUUUUUGUGUGGAUGGAAAAUUUCGGGGAUCUUUUCUUUCAGCUCAUGAAACAUGGGACCAACACUUUACAUGUUGCGUUUAUAUUUUUGUUCAAUGUAGAAUCUAUAGACUAUAGCCUUAGUAACUUACUAUGGACAGUGUUUGACUGUAGUUCUCCCCCUCCUAGAGCUCCACCUCAUGUUCUCUCUGAUGGACAAGGUGCCCAGUGGCAUCGAACCCAUGCUGAAGGACCUAGAGAACCACAUAAUGUCUGCUGGGCUGGCCGACAUGAUGGCCUCCGCCGAGACCAUCACCUCGGUGAGUGCUACACAAACACACACACACACACACACACACACACACACACACACACACAUAUAUACAUACAUACGUUUCUCACACACGUACACUCAUGCUCACACACACAUAUACUGUCAUGCUCACACACACACUUGCAACUUCCCCACAUACAGUGCAUUCGGAAAGUAUUCAGACCCCUUGACUUUUCCACAUUUUGUUACGUUACAGCCUUAUUCUAAAAUGGAUGAAAUUGUUUUCCCCCCUCAUCAAUCUACACACAAUACCCCAUAAUGACAAAGCGAAAACAGUUUUUUUGAACUUUUUGCUAAUUUAUUAAAAAUACAAAACUGAAAUAUCACAUUUACAUAAGUAUUCAGACCCUUUACUCAGUACUUUGUUGAAGAAACUUUGGCAGUGAUUACAGCCUCGAGUCUUCUUGGGUAUGACGCUACAAGCUUGGCACACCUGUUUUUAGGGAGUUUCUCCCAUUCUUCUCUGCAGAUCCUGUCAAGCUCUGUCAGGUUGGAUGGGGAGCGUCACUGCCAGGGGCGGUGUGUUCAAUAGGGCGAUAUGGGCGACGCACUGCCAAACGGGAAAAGGAAGGGAUUUUUUUUCUAAUCAAUUAUAUCACGGCAACAGUAGUUAUCAGUGUUGUAAUCUAGACGUCUGAUCUGCCACAGUGCCACACUGCCACUAAAUGUCCAAUCAGGCUAAAGUCGUGCUUCAAAUGGCCCCCCCCCCCUUUUGGGGCGAUUUCAGUCAGGUUGAAAAUCGCCCAGAAGUCUGUCAUAGACUCCCAUGUAAAAUCUAUUUUUUUCAAAUUUCAGAGCUUUCAAUACAAUCUCUAUGGGUGUCUGAGGGCUUGCACUUACGCGCUUUCGUCAUACGUAACAUAACCAUGAACGUAACUAAGAAAAGAGCGGGUAGCAGCGUCUCUGUUGCGACCUGCAGUGUGUGUGACGUUUGGUGUGGCGUUAUCUUAUGUUUUUAAUCUUAUGUUUUUAAUUUGUACACUUAGUUUACAAACAUUCUGCCAACCAUGGAUUUCCAGUGGUGGGGUCACGGUGUUGGACUGAUCUUGUUGAUCGUGUACAUACCCGCUACGAACGGACUAAAUAAUGAAAACGCUGCUGGCAGCGGAAUCCAAUACAGCAGGGAGUUUUUACUACAAUGCAACUCAAAUACGAACGCGAUGGAUAUCCCAAUGGCCCAUCUAAUACCUGAUUGUCUGCGAGUGGAUUACAAACCCAAAUGCAAACGUGGAAAACGCGGGGGAAUCAGACAACGACUUAAAAAAAAUUAAGAACAAACUUCCCUUACCCACCACCUUGCUGAUUAAUGCCCAGUCACUGAGGGGGAAAGCGGAUGAGUUGUCAGCGAAUCUGCGCUUCCAACACGAAUAUCGGGAGGCCUGUUUGCUGGCAUUUACUGAGACUUGGCUGGAUGACAGAGUCCCGGACAGAGAAGUGGAGCCGGCCGGCUUCACCCUGGUCAGAGCGGACCGCGAUCUGACAGUCACAGGGAAACUUCACGGCGGGGGCGUCUGCCUGCUUGUCAGCGACCAGUGGUGUAAAUCGAUCCUGGUAAGAGAGCGACUCUGUACCCCCGACAUUGAACUGCUUUCUGUGUCACUGCGACCUUACUAUCUGCCCCGUGAGUUCCCCCAAUUGUUUGUUACCGUUGUGUACAUUCAACCAAAAGCUAAUAUAACAAAGGCAUCAGAGAUUAUUUAUAAUCUGUCACAGAAACUGGAAUCCAUCUCCCCCGACGCACCCAAAUUUAUUUUAGGGGAUUUUAACAACUGUACCUUGCACAAAGUCUUGCGCACAUACCAUCAGUAUGUGAAAUGUCACACUAGGAAAAAUAGGACUCUUGAUUUGUGCUAUGGGACAAUACCAAAGGCGUUCUCUGCCACCACCAGACCUCCUCUGGGGACAUCAGACCACAAUGUGGUCUACCUCAGGCCAAUUUACUGUCGCCUCCUGGAGAGGGAGAAACCCACAGUUAAAACUGUCCAGAUCUGGAAUGACAACAGUAUCACUUGGGGUGUUUUGACUGUACAAUGUGGGAGGUAUUUGAGGACAGCAGCUCUGAUCUGGAUGAACUCACAGAGGUUAUUUCAGACUAUGUAAACUUCUGUGUUGAGUCAGUUGUGCCUACUAAGACCUGUAAAAUCUUCCCUAACAACAAGCCUUGGGUAUCAAAACAUCUAAAAUCACUACUUGAUAGGAAGAAGGCAGUUUAUGCUGGGGGUGAUAGACAGGCUUUAAGAGAUGUACAACGUGAGAUAAAAAGACAGAUACUGGUGGACAAGUUUUGCGGAGUGUUUGAGUUAGCUUUGCGAGGCAAAGAUGAAACUGAGGGCUCCACCAACCCUGGUAAGCCAACACUUUUGAGAUCAGUCAAUAAAUGCUUCUGGUAUUGACUUAUAUGCUGCCCCUGUCUUCAUGUUGUUGCUGGACAUAUCUUUUUUAAAAUGUGUGUAGGUCACCUAAAUCAUCAGAAAAAUUGCCCCCCCUGAGAAUUUUUUCAGGAGCCGCCACUGGUCACUGCACAGCUAUUUUCAGGUCUCUCCAGAAAUGUUAGAUCGGGUUCAAGUCCGGGCUCUGGCUGGGCCACUCAAGGACAUUCAGAGACUUGUCCCGAAGCCACUCAUGCGUUGUCUUGGCUGUGUGCUUAGGGUCGUUGUCCUGUUGGAAGGUGAACCUUCGCCCCAGUCUGAGGUCCUGAGCGCUCUGGAGCAGGUUUUCAUCAAUGAAUUCUCUGUAGUUUGCUCCGUUCAUCUUUCCCUCGAUCCUGACUAGUCUCCCAGUCCCUGCCGCUCAAAAACAUCCCCACAGCAUGAUGCUGCCACCACCAUGCUUCACUGUAGGGAUGGUGCCAGGUUUCAUCCAGAAGUGACGCAUGGCAUUCAGGCCAAAUAGUUAAAUCUUGGUUUCAUCAAACCAGAGAAUCUUGUUUCUCAUGGUCUUAGAGUCCUUUAGGUGCCUUUUGGUAAACUCCAAGCGACCUGUCAUGUGCCUUUUACUGAGGAGUGGCUUCCGUCUGGCCACUCUACCAUAAAGGCCUGAUUGGUGGAGUGCUGCAGAGAUGGUUGUCCUUCUGGAAGGUUCUCCAAUCUCCAGAGAGGAACUCUGGAGCUCUGUCAGCUUGACCAUCGGGUUCUUGAUCACUUCCCUGACCAAGGCCCUUCUCCACCGAUUGCUCAGUUUGGCCAGGCGGCCAGCUCUAGAAAGAGUCUUGGUGGUUCCAAACUUCUUCCAUUUAAGAAUGAUGGAGGCCACUGUGUUCUUGGACAUUGAAUGCUGCAGACAAUUUUGCAUUUGCAAACAUUUCUAAAAACCUGUUUUCGCUUUGUCGUUAUGGGGUAUUGUGUGUAGAUUUAAAAAAUAUAUAUAUAUUGAAUCCAUUUUAGAAUAAGGCUGUAACAUAACAAAAUGAGGAAAAAGUCAAGGGGUCUGAAUAUUUUCCGAAUGCACUGUAUGAAGCACACACACACAUUUGCACACACACAGACACGUUACACUAACAGAAAUGUAAAAUACAUACAUAUGACCAGAGAUGGGCAGUAUUUCUAUUGCAUGUAUUUGAGAUACGUUUUUCAAUUACCUUUGAGUACUAUGUCAUUUGCAAGUCAAUAUUAGGAAGGUGUUCUUUUCAACAGUCAUUCGCAUUUUGGUCAUUUAGCGUCCAGAGCGACUUAGUCAGUGCAUUCUAACUAAAGUAGAUAAACAACCACAUAUUAAAGUCAUAGCAAAUAAAACGCUUUUGUUACCAAGAAUGUUGUUGAGGUUAAGGGGGUACUUGCAAAAGUAUUUAGUAUUUUAUUUUGAUACAUUGGUCUUUAGGAUAUUUUUAAUUAUAUUUUGUCAUUUUUGCCCAUCUCUGUAUAUGACGUUUGUAUUGUAGUUACUGAAAGAAGGUGAAAGAAAAACAUUCCACUGAUUUUAUUUUUCUCUGUGUGUGUGUGUGAGAGCAGGACUCUGAGAAGUAUGUGGAGCAGCUCCUCACCCUGUUCAACCGCUUCAGUAAACUGGUGAAGGAUGCCUUUCAGGACGACCCUCGCUUCCUCACAGCUAGGGACAAGGUCAGCACAACGUUUGGAAACAUUUGUCCAACAUUGCCAAUAAGCCCAAUGUUCCUUCAAUGUUGGUCCAACGUUGGUUCAACAUUACCAAUGACUAUAAGCCCUACGUUCCUUCAACGUUUGUUAAACAUUGACACAACAUUGUCAAUGACUAUGUGCACAGUAUUUGCACUUGAUGGUUGUCACUGCAUAACCUAACCAAUGUUCUUUUUCUCAGGCUUACAAAGCAGUUGUGAACGAUGCUACCAUUUUUAAAUUGGAACUGCCGCUGAAGCAGAAAGGGUAAGAGACGCUCUGUAUGCCUUCAAUUUCUUCACUGAAUUAAAGAUGGAUUCCUGCACACUGUUAAAUGCUCCCACAGUUUUAUUGACGUUGCACUUGAUAAAACUGCGGGUGGGUGGCCUCCCGAGUGGCGCAGUGGUCUAAGGCACUUCAUUGCAGUGCUAGAGGUGUCACUACAGACCUGGGUUCGAUCCCGGGCUGUAUCACAACCGGCCGUGAUCGGGAGUCCGGGUUAGGGGAGGGCGGCGCACAAUUGGCCCAGCGUCAUCCGAGUUAGGGGAGGGUUUAGCCGUGGGGGCUUUACUUGGCUAGCGACUCCUUGUGGCGGGCUGGGCGCCUGCAGGCUGACCUCGGUCGUCAGGUGAACAGUGUUUCCUCCGACACAUUGGUGCGGCUGGCUUCCGGGUUAAGCGGGCGGGUGUUAAGAAGCGCGGUUUGGCGGGUCAUGUUUCGGAGGAUGCGUGACUCGACCUUCGCCUCCCGAGCCCGUUGGGGAGUUGCAGCGAUGACUCAAGAUUGAUAUUGGGGAGAAAAAGGGGUGAUCUUUUGUUUUUUCACAACUUAAACGCAUUUCUUUAUACUACUUCUGAACUGUUAAUUGCUUAAUUAGUUAAUUGUGAACGUGUGUGUUUACGACACUGCUCUACUUCCUCUGUGCUGUCUGUCUGUCAGGGUGGGUCUGAAGACCCAGCCGGAGUCCAAGUGUCCAGAACUGCUGGCCAACUACUGUGACAUGCUGCUGAGGAAAACCCCGCUCAGCAAGAAACUCACCUCUGAGGAGAUCGAGGCCAAGCUCAAGGAAGUGGUAUGUGGAUGGGAGGAGUAUGUGAGGGUUGGGGGUGUGUGUGUGUAAUGAUAUGGUGAUGACUCCAGCAAGCUUUCCAUAUGGCUACGGCCACACUCCCAUGCAUUAACACGGAUGAAAUUCUAUAUGACGUACAUCAUUGUCCGAAAGUACAUCUCAAGUAAACUGUUUUUCGGACGAGUUUAUCCAUGAGAAAACUGAUUGUUCAAGUGUGUUUUUUGUCGGACAAACAUCAUCCCUUAUCAUUCAUCCAGCAACAGAUGACUCCCAUUAAAAAAGCAUUGGCUCCAUCACACAUUUUCGGACACAAAAUCAGAGUGUAUAGGUGGCCUUAUGUUGAGCAGAGCGUCUACCAUGUUACUUCCGCCUAUCCAAUUAUUUACAGAUCUGCAAACACUUAACCGUUUCUUCUUUGGACAGGACAAUCUUAGCUGGGUCGUGUUCAUUAGACACCAAACAGAAGAAAAUGGACUGAAACAGGGAGGGACUACCUGAACUUGUCCAAUAAGAAACACUUGUUUUCAUUUUCCGUUGCAAAACAUUUAGCUACGGUGUGCAGUAAAAAACACCCUGAUUGCACAGUGGUGUUCUAUGUGUGUGUGUUCUCCUGCAGUUGCUGGUGUUGAAGUACGUGCAGAACAAAGACGUGUUCAUGCGCUACCACAAAGCCCAUCUGACCCGACGCCUCAUCCUGGACAUCUCCGCCGACAGCGAAAUCGAGGAGAACAUGGUGGAGUGGCUCAGGGUAUGACCUGUGUGUGUGAGUGACUUGAGAAGAAAAAUGGGAGGAGAUGGAAAAGACUGUGUGUGUGUGUGUGCACAUCCACCUCACGUAGCCACAAUUACACCACUUCUCCAAUUACCUCUACCCUUGCUUACAGGAGGUAGGCAUGCCUGCAGACUAUGUGAAUAAGCUGGCCCGGAUGUUCCAGGACAUCAAGGUGUCUGAGGAUCUCAACCAGAACUUCAAAGAGUGUCACAAACACAACAAGCUGGCCCUAUCAGGUACACCAGGUAGCUGUAUGUACCUAAUAUAAUAUAUAUGAUAUAUGCCAUUUAGCAGAUACUUUUAUCCAAAGCGACUUACAACAGUGAAUGCAUAAAUGUUCGUAUUGCUGGCCCUAGCGGGAAUCGAACCUGUGUACCUGUACGUUUUGGUGUAUAAUGCUUGGUGUACUUGGCUGGAUGAGACCUAGUGAAAAGUAAUACGAAUGCUAUUGAUACAGUCCUUAAUGUUUGGGUUUGGGAUUUCGCUUUGAGUUUGCACUUUUGGGACUAUUCCAUUGGCUCCGUUGUACCGUUACCAGAAAAAAGCACAACUCAAGUACUUGAAAGUGUAUAUUAUAGAAUUAAAUAGAAAACUAGAAUGGACUUAGGCAUUUUAGCAACUUGCCAAAAAAUGAGGGAAUCUGUCAUUCUAGAAACAAAUAUAUAGUAUAAAACAAUAAGUAGUUAUACUAGUAUAUUAUGCAUCUCUAUAGUGUAUAUAUUAGACAUAAUGGAUUUGAACUCGGGUGUAUUCCUUUCUUCCCCUCUUGUGCAGCGGACUCUGUCAACAUCAAGAUCCUGAAUGCCGGGGCGUGGUCUCGGAGCUCGGAGAAGGUGUUUGUGUCACUGCCCACCGAGCUGGAGGAUCUGAUCCCAGAGGUGGAGGACUUCUACAAAAAGAACCACAGCGGCAGGAAACUACACUGGCACCACCUCAUGUCCAAUGGCAUUGUGAGUGUAGAGCAUGUAGCAGGCAGGCAUACAAACACUCACACGUUUAUGCAUUUAUCUACACACCCGCACCCCACACACACUUUCUAUUUCAUCGCCAUUCACCACUAAUCUCUCACACCACCCUCCUCUCUGUCCAGACCCUAGAGAUCAUAUAAUUCAUUCUAUGUUCUCUAUGUAAUUCUAUCCAGAUCACCUUUAAGAACGAGGUGGGCCAGUACGACCUGGAGGUGACCACCUUCCAGCUGGCCGUGUUGUUUGCCUGGAACCAGAGGCCCCGGGAGAGGAUCAGCUUUGAGAACCUCAAGCUGGCCACGGAGCUGCCUGACGCCGAGCUCCGACGCACACUCUGGGUAAGGCACGGUGUCAAAGGAUAGAUAGAGGUCAAAGGGUUAGUUACCGCAAGAAUUAGGGAUGCAAGAUUCCUAUAACAUUAACAAAAUUACCAGGAUUUCCCGAAAUUCUAGUUGAAGGAAUUCCAUAUAUGUUGCAUAUUCCUGCCUGAUUCCUGCAAUCUUCCAACUGGGUUUUCUGGAAAACCUUGGAAAGUUACCAGAAUUUGGUUUUCCGCUAACCACAGCGUUUUAUUGAUUUGAUAUGCAACAAACACUAAAAUGAAAAGGAAUCUCCGCACACUCAGGAUCAAUGCACAAUUUAAAAUGUACACUAUAUAUACAAAAGUAUGUGGACACCCCUUCAAAUUAGGGCAUUUUGCUAUUUCAGCCACACCAGUUGCUGACAAGUGUAUAAAAUUGAGCACACAGCCAUGCAAUCUCCAUAGACAAAUAUUGGCAGUAGAAUGGCCUUACUGUGAAGAGCUCAGUGACUUGCAACGUGGCACCGUCAUAGGAUGUCACCUUUCCAACAAGUCAGUUUGUAAAAUGUCUGCCCUGCCAGAGCUGCCCCGGUCAACUGUAAAUGCUGUUAUUGUGAAGUGGGAACGCCUAGGAGCAACAAUGGCUCAGCCGCGAAGUGGUAGGCCACACAAGCCCACAGAACGGGACCGCCGAGUGCUGAAGCGCAUAUCGUCUGUCCUCGGUUGCAACACUCACUACUGAGUUCCAAACUGCCUCUGGAAGCAACGUCAGCACAAUAACUGUUUGUCGGGAGCUUCAUGAAAUGGGUUUCCAUGGCCGAGCAGCCGCACACAAGCCUAAGAUCACCAUGCGCAAUGCUAAGCAUCGGCUGGAGUGGUGUGAAGCUCGCCGCCAUUGGACUAUGGAGCAGUGAAAACGUGUUCUCUGGCGUGAUGAAUCACGCUUCACCAUCUGGCAGUCCGACGGACUAAUCUUUGUUUGGCGGAUGCCAGGAGAACGCUACCUGCCCCAAUGCAUAGUGCCUACUGUAAAGUUUGGUGGAGGAGGAAUAAUGGUCUGGGGCUGUUUUUCAUGGUUCGAGCUAGGCCCCUUAGUUCUAGUGAAGGGAAAUCUUAAUGCUACAGCAUACAAUUACAUUCUAGACGAUUCUGGGCUUCCAACUUUGGCAACAGUUUGGGGAAGGCCCUUUCCUGUUUCAGCAGGACAAUGCCCCCGUGCACAAAGUGAGGUCCAUACAGAAAUGGUUUGUCGAGAUCGGUGUGGAAGAACUUGACUGGCCUGCACAGAGCCCUGAUCUCAACCCCAUCGAACACCUUUGGGAUGAAUUGGAACGCCGACUGCGAGCCAGGCCUAAUCGUCCAACAUCAGUGCCCGACCUCACUAAUACUCUUGUGGCUGAAUGGAAGCAAGUCCCAGCAGAAAUGUUCGAACAUCUAGUGGAAAGCCUUCCCAGAAGAGUGGAGGCUGUUCUAGCAGCAAAGGGGAGACCAACUCCCUAUUAUUGCCCAUGAUUUUGGAAUGAGAUGUUCGACGAGCAGGUGUCCACAUACUUUUGGUCAUGUAGUGUAUUGAGCUUUCGGUCGUCAGACCAUCAGCGCAGAAAUAAACACAAUGACAGAGGCCACAUAUAGGCAACGUGCGUCAAUGCAAUCAGACAUGAUGAGCAACACCUGUGUACAAAAACAAACGCCAGGAGGCACAUCAGUAAUCAAUUAUCUCAGAAAAAGUGACUUCAUCGAGACAGUUGUUUUAGCAUAUUUUUUACAUUCUUUUUUAUUAUUAUUAUUUUUUUUUUAUAUAAAUGUUGACAUAAUGCAUAAACACUUAAAAAAGAAGCAGGUGUUAAGACCAGGAGAAGCCUCAAACAAAACAUAUUAAAGCAUGACCCUCAUGUCUAAAUCAUCAUUAAGGGCUGAUGGAGGUAAAGUGCCAAGUGUAUAAAUCCAAAAGAGUUCCUUUUGGCACAGCUUUUUCUCAGUGUUCCCUCCUCUGGGUGAAGGUUCAACUUUUUCAAUAGGCUGAAAACGUAAAGAGACUGUGAACAUGUAUUAAAGUGGCAGGCAACAGGGUGCUUUUCAUCAUUAUGCCUUAUUUAUUUGAUUAGAUUUUUUAUUUUACCUUUAUUUAACUAGGCAAGUCAGUUAAGAACAAAUUCUUAUUUACAAUGACGGCCUACACCGGCCAAACCCGGACGACGGGUUAUGCAAACUAAUUCUUUGCUUAAGGCACCUAGAGGUUUUCCCAUAUGCAACAAACACACCCUAAAGCCCCCCUGCCGAUUCUAUAUGACCAUAACGAUUAGUACUUUUUUAAAACGUUUUUGAUCGACUGUUAACUGUUGUCUCAACCUCUUAACCUAUAAAUCCUCCUCACCUCUCUUUUUUUCCUGUUUCUCUUGCUUGCGCUUUUCUCUCUUUUCUUCUCUCUUCUUUCUCCCCUUUUCUUCUCUCCCUCUCUCCUUUUCCUCCAGUCCCUGGUAGCGUUCCCCAAGCUAAAGCGGCAGGUGUUGUCCUACGACCCCGUGGUGGGCUCGCCCAAAGACUUUACAGAGGGCACACUUUUCUACGUCAACCAGGAGUUCUCACUAAUGUAAGUGUUCUGUAAUGUAAGUGUUCUGUAAUGUAAGUGUUCUGUAAUGUAAGUGUUCUGUAAUCUGUGUGUGACUGGCUGGGGUUUGCAACCAGGCUUUCCACUGCCACGCCACGGAGUUAACUCUCUGGGCUGGCUUUAUUUAUCUUACAGGUUGAAUUUGAAGUUGGAGGUUGUAAUGUAUCUUGUACGUGGCACAAAAAUGACGCACUAGUACCACAUCUAAAUAGUGUGUGUGUUUGUGUGUCCAGAAAAAACUCCAAGGUCCAAAAGAGGGGGAAGAUCAACCUGAUUGGCCGGCUUCAGCUCACCACAGAGCGAAUGAGGGAGGAGGAGAACGAGGGAAUUGUCCAGCUCAGGAUAUUGAGAACACAGGUACUGUACUAUAUAAGGGCUUCCCAUUGACAGGUCAUCAUUGCAAAUAAGAAUUUUGGGAUUUCUCACGUCCUCCCUCCUCGUCUCUUUAUCAAAGCACAUUGGGGCAGAAGAUCUGAGGUUUCGCCCCUUACUCUUCUCCUCCAAUGCAUUUAGAGGUGGCAAGGAGGGUGAAAUACAAUUGAGUCACCCUCUCUCUCUCUUAUCCUUGUCACUCCCUUUCCAGGAGGCCAUCAUCCAGAUCAUGAAGAUGAGGAAGAGGAUCACCAAUGCCCAGCUGCAGACGGAGCUGGUUGAGAUCCUCAAAAACAUGUUCCUGCCCCAGAAGAAGAUGAUCAAGGAGCAGAUGGAGUGGCUCAUCGAGCACAAGUACAUCAAGCGCGACGAGACUGAUCUCAACACCUUCCUCUACAUGGCGUAG